CUCGGGGCUACCGAGCGGUGCUGUGCACCGAGCUGGCAAAACCCCUGCUCGUGCGGGACGUCCCGUCGCCCCCUCUGCAGCCCCAUCAGGGUUCAUCCACUGAACUUGCACCAGAAAAGUGACUUGCCCAAGAUCUCCUGGCAGGGAAGCAGCAGGGCUGGAAGAUCCCCCAAGUCCCAUCCCAGUGAACCUGGCAACGUUGCUUUCCUAAUUGGGAACAGGACACAUGAACCAGAUGAAGGUCACAUGCAGAUUGAAAACGGUGGCAAAUACGGCAGGAAAGAGGAAGGUUAAAUCCGGGAUGCGAGGCUACGUGAUGUUCAGAUCUCAUCCCUUUCGGCAUGUCACUUCCAAUACCUGCCAGACAUCCUGAUGUACACCUUGCCCCGACGGUGGGAUGUUCGGGUCACAUUUGCAGUGUCCUUGGAAAAAGCAGAGCUCAGCAACAGUGCUUUUCUCUAUUAUUUGUGCUGGGAACAGGGAUGACAAGCUUAAAAUCCACAGGGCCUCUUGUACCCGUCUACCCACACCAAGGAGAUGAAGCUACAUAGAAGCCCCUUGCUAUGACUAACAUACAUGGAAAGAGAAAAACAUCCCUAAAUGAGGUCCGAGUGGGUGUUCAUUACUGUGGGUUAAAUUUUGCAGAUAUCUUGGCCUGCCAGGGUUUGUAUCAGGAAAAACAUACUCUUCCGUUCACUCCUGGAAUGGAGUUCUCAGGGACGGUAACGGAGACUGGGGAAAACGUGAGCGCCGUGAAGGAGGGAUACCGAGUAAUUGGUGUGACUGGCACUGCAGCUAUGGCAGAGGAGUGUGUCGUCGAUCAGAAGAUGCUGUGGCGGAUCCCCGAAGGGGUGCCCUCCGAGGCUGCCGCGGCAUUGCCUGUCACUUACGGCACGGCCACGCUGGUUCUCCACCGUAGGGCACGUGUUCAGCCGGGGGAAACCGUUCUGGUGACGGCGGGAGCUGGGGCCACAGGGCUUGCAGUUAUCGAUCUGGCUGUCAAUAUUUUCAAGGCAAAGGUGAUAGCAGCAGCUGGAAGUGAUGCCAAAUGCAAGCUGGCUCUGAAGACUGGCGCGAGCCACAGCAUGAACUAUAGCCAGAGCAGUCUGAAGGAUGAAGUGAAGCGACUCACGGAUGGCAGAGGGGCCGACGUGGCUGUCGAGGCCGUUGGCGGGGAUGUCUUCAAGGCAGCUCUGCAAAGUUUGGCUUGGGAGGGCAGGAUUGUAGUGAUGGGUUUUGCUGGCGGAAAAAUCCCUUCGAUUCCUGCCAACUUGCUGCUUCUGAAGAACGUGUCUGCCAUGGGAGUGUAUUGGAGUCGGUACCAGAAAGAGAAUUUCCCUGUUUUCUCCUCCGCUAUCUCCUCUGCUCUUCAGUAUUGCCAGGAAGGAAAGAUACAUCCUAAUAUUGGAGCAGUCUUCAAACUGGAAGAGGCAAACGAAGCUUUUAACCACGUGCUCCAGCGCAAGUCCACAGGGAAGGUCAUCAUCUCCAUGAAGUAAAUCGGUGCUUUCCCUAGGACUCGACCUCCUGCCCUGUUCCUGCCCUGAGGACGAGACUCUCCGACCCACCUUCCCCCAACAGCGGACAAGCAAAAUGAAUCAGGGACAUGUAACUUAGGGACAGGGGCUUAACAAGUUGCUGUUUGUCAGCCGAACAGACAGCUGUAGGUGUUGAUGAGUGUGCGCUUUUAGCCUGUCCCUGUUCUGAGCUUAGCCGCUGGCCGGAAAGGCUCCCGCCGAGGCACGCUGUGUGGCAGAGCAGAGCAGCCCACGCGGACGGGUGAAGCCCUUGCAACUGCUGCCCAGUCGCACAGCAGAUGUUUUGCUUUUGCUCUGUGCCUUCAAACAGCCUGGGGGACCUAGUAGUACUGUCCAGGAUUUCUCAAGUGACUGUACGCAUGUGCUGUAUGGUAACCCUGAGGAUUCCUCAGUGUCAAACUUACCUUAUAAGUGUCCUUAUUGCCGCAGCUGCAAGAGUGCUAAUUUUGACCAGGCUGCCUUGCACCUCAAAAUCUCGAAUAAAUUUACACUGCCCUCAAAAUCUGACCUGACAAUAUUUCUUGGUGACAAAAAAUCGUAUAUGCAUAAUCGAGACAUAAGGUGACUUUUUGCACAGUUUUUCUGACUUUUUCAGGAGGAUUGUAUGGACCACUUUUCUGUUAUUGACAGUGGCCUGAUAUCCUGUGUUGGCUGUAGUUACUGCUAAUGGGAGCAGAGAAGAGUCAAUUCCAGCUUCUUUUAACGUAGUUUGAGUGGGCCAAUGAGCAAGUGAGUCUAGCUGGGGUCCCACUGAUUGCUGUUUGAUUACCUUCAUCCGCACUGCUGCAAACAGAAGGAGACUGAAACUCUAGUAGCAAGUAGGGUAUGCUCUUUCAAGCUGAAAGACCUGAGCUAUAAUGGACUAUAGAGAUGCAAUGCUCAAAGCAUUUGAUCUGACAGUACUUACAUUUGU